GUUUAGCACGGUCCACACACUGUGCUGUAAGAGCCAUCCGCGACCUCAACAUGCGCAUCGUCUCUCAUCACCCUCCACACCAGCAACCGUCUCGGGUUUCUCACCUAUAGCGACAUCCACAAUGGCAACAAACGUAGCCCUGGAGACUUCCAUGGUAGGUGACAUUAGCAGCUACCUACCAUGCCCGCUUCUCAUACCCCGUUUCAGUCCCAUGAAGCACCCAACCCCUCCGUCUCCGAGGCCGUCGCUCACUCACUCCCUCACCCUGCUCGCUCACUCACUUCCUCACCCACCGACCAACAGGGCACGAUCGUGGUCGAGCUGUACACACAGCACGCACCGAGGACCUGCGAGAACUUCAGGGCGCUCGCCGAGCGCGGCUACUACGACAACACCAUCUUCCACCGCAUCAUCCCCGACUUCAUGGUGCAGGGCGGCGACCCGACGGGCACGGGCCGCGGCGGCGAGAGCAUCUACGGCCCCAAGUUCGACGACGAGAUCCACCCGGGCCUGAAGCACACGGGCGCGGGGAUCCUGAGCAUGGCGAACGCGGGCCCCAACACCAACGGCAGCCAGUUCUUCAUCACGCUGGCGCCGACGCCGUGGCUGGACGGCAAGCACGCCAUCUUCGGGCGGGUGCGCAAGGGCAUCCGCGUGGUGCAGCGCAUGGGCCUGGUGCCGACGGACGCCGACGACCGGCCGCGGACCGACGUGCGCAUCAACCGGGCGUACGUGCUCCGCGGGGACGGCGGCGGCGGCGGGGAGGAGGGGGAGGAGGAGGUUGGUGGGGAGGCGUAGUACUGGAGACGGAAAGGGGGAGAGAGGCAGCGGGUUUCCUGAUUACCUAGUGGAUGAAAGGGAUACGUUUUUUCUUCUCUCUCCUUGGUUGGCCUUUGGUGGC